AUGACACUUUUAAAAUGGAUGUUUUCUAGUAUGUUCGGUGAGCAUAUGGUCCCCGUUUGGAGCUAUGCCAGUGGCAGCAAAGACGUGACCCCAUAUGCUGGUGAACAAUGCGGAGUUCGCUAUACGAGAUCAGUCGAACACAAAACAAUCCCUCUCCCGGACAUCACGUUUCCCGAAACCUCCUAUCCAAUGACAAUUUUAGACGCAAAACCAUAUUAUUUCGCAACUGAAGCGCAGGAUAGUAUUCUGAGCCCAUUUGAGAAGGAUGUUCAAGAGUCAUUUAAGCGUCUUGAGACCAAAACAAAAGUUCAAUCCAACGUAAUUUUUACAGGUACUUCUAAACUGGAAAAAGUCAAUAUAUCUGAAACUUGUGAUUAUGUUAUAAAUAAUAUAUCUCAAACACAAGAUUCUAUAAAUAAUACAUCAGCUACAUUAGAUGAAUCUUUCAGUGAAACAGAUUUUAAUGAUACAAUAAGCAUAUUAGAUUCAAUAGAAACUGAUUUCAUUAAUGAAUUGCAAAUGGAUGACAUAGACAGCAAUGAAUCUGAGUUAGUUGAAAUGUCAUCAGAAGAUUCAAAAUCAUGGAUUAUAGACGAGAGAAGUGAAGAUAUAUUUAAUAAUUUGAUAAAGACAAAUACAGAUAACGAAUAUAAUUUCACAACCGAUUACGAGGAAACUACCAUAUUACCAAUGUUAUAA